AUUUACUAAUUUGAUAAAUUGUUCCAAACUUUUCAAAGUUCUCGUUUACUUAAUUUAAUAAUUGUCGAAUCGGAAAUGAAUUUUAUUUUGAAUUUGAAACGAAAAAGUAUAAUUUUCUUUUGUUUAUUUGUUGAAUUAGGAAAUUAUUUUUGAAAAAUCGCGAUCUAUUGAAGAGGAUUUUUUGCAGAUUACUGUCGCGAAAGAAUAAAUAACUCGUGCCGAGUCGCAAAAGGGGUCCAAUGAGAGGGAUAUCGAGCGACGCUUGGCGCCGACGCCGGGCGUCGUUGGAUAAAAUUCUACAGUAGAAAUUCCUCGACUUCGACCAGUUCGCCGCCGGUGCUCGUCGUGUCUGCUUUGUCCCUCAAAUUACCUCCUUCUUCUCGAAAAAAAGACUCUAAUAAUUAAAUUAAAUUUAAAAAAUUGUUUAAACAAUUUUAAUUGAAUUGAAAUUGUUGAGAAAGUGAAAAAAAAAAAAAAAAGAAAGAAAGCGCGGCGAGUUUUUAAAUCACGGAAUUUUGUUUUUUCUUUAAAUUCUUUGUUGGAGUUGCGAGGGUUUUUCGAAGGUGGAAUUCGUAAUUUUUGAAGGAGAAUUGAGGCAAGAGAAAUCUAAAAAGAAGAGGGACUGAGAAGUGUAAAAAGGAAGUGAUUUUUUUUGAAAAGUCGGCAAAGUGUCAUGAGAGGCGGUUUCACAAGCCGCCCUUCUUUUUGGUCCCUCCAAGAGUCAUGCAUGUCGCGCCCUUCAAACGAGCUACCUUGGGACAUGAUCCACAGUCGAUCAACGGGCCUCCUCAGUCCCAACCGCAAAAUUCACAACAGCAACCACAGCAGGAAUCAGGAAAUAACAAUAACGGCACGUGGGAUUUGCGAGGAGGAGGAGGAGGAGGAGGAGGAGGAGGGGUUGAUCCGGUGGGAAACAGUAACGGCGCCAACGACUGGGAGAAUCGGUCGCCGUUGCACAAAGAGAAGGGCAUGUCUGGAGGUGUGGGGGAUGACGAAGACGGGGGUGGAGGGAGCGGAAGGUUGGAGGGGACGGACCCAGAGGAGAACAACCCUGUUCACCUCAAGAGACGGGUGGGACUCGUCAGUGGGGUGGCUCUAAUCGUCGGAACGAUGAUCGGAUCAGGAAUAUUCGUCUCGCCGUCUGGCCUCCUGACAAGAACCGGAAGCAUUGGUGUCAGCUUCCUGGUCUGGACGGCCUGCGGCAUUCUCAGUCUCUGUGGGGCCCUCGCCUAUGCCGAACUGGAGAAAGAAAAAAAUUACCACAGCAACUGCCUCGCUGUCAACCAUUUCCGCAGGCGACAUCGCUGCCAGAUAAGAGAUGUUAAUCAGCGCAUAGCAGAGGGUCACCAAAGGAAUUCCAAUCAUGAUCGACCUUGCCCACAAUCCUGUAUAAAAAGCAGUCGCCAAUUUUCCAAUAUUCAGACCUUCAUCAUCGUUCCCCAGAUCAUUUCUGAAUUUGAAUGGAUCCCUCAGAUGUUGCGUGUUACCCAGGAUCAACUUGUAAGACCCUCCAACGAUGACGACGAGGAUCGCUAUCAAUUUUGCUGCCGAGUGCGACAAGUUUUACAACUUCCUGCGGAGGAUCACAUUCAGCAACGAAAGCCUCGACGGCAUAUUGGGCAAAUGAGAGGCAAAUUAUCGCCAUUUGCGAGGGUUUUAGGACCAGUGUUGACACCCAGGAGAAGAGAAACGCCGACAUUUGGAAACCGUAUUCUGGGAGUGAUGGCCUGGUUGAUGCCUCUAUCAGUGGCUGUAAGCACUUUUGGAUCAGCGAAUGGAACUUUGUUUGCUGCUGGUCGACUUUGUUUCGCAGCUUCCAGGGAAGGACAUUUGCUCGACUGUUUGAGCUACGUCCAUGUUCGUCGCUUCACACCUGCUCCGGGUCUUAUUUUUCAUUCACUCGUUGCAGGUGCGAUGGUAUUGUCUGGAAACAUCGACUCCCUGAUCGAUUUCUUCUCCUUCACAGCCUGGAUAUUUUACGGAGGAGCAAUGCUCGCAUUGCUAGUGAUGCGAAAAACGCGGCCAAAUCACCCUAGACCCUACAAAUGCCCUCUGAUAAUCCCUGUACUCGUUCUUGCGAUUUCGGCCUAUUUGAUCGUAGCUCCGAUAAUUGAAAAGCCUCAAAUCGAGUACCUCUACGCAACUGGAUUCAUCGGAGCUGGAAUAUUCUUCUACCUCCCCUUCGUCAAAUAUGGAUAUGUUCCCAAAUUCAUGGGUAAGUUAACUCUAAACUUGAAGCAGUGA